UAAAACUUCCCACCCUGGCCAGUGGAGGGGAACAGAAGCUGGAGAGCUGAUGGCCAAACCAACCCCUUUACUUGUCUCCAUCAAUCACCAGCUGGUGGCUCUCCAAACCCUGCAGCUGUUGCAGCAGGAGCGCGGAGGCAAGGAUGAUACCAGUGCCCACUUGGACCAGGCCUCUCAAGCUCCACUAUUCAGCAUAGACAGGCCCAGCCCAAUUCAAUAUGGCAUGGGACAAGACCAGGAAGCAGCCUUCACAAACACAUCUUGCCAGGUUUGGAAGCAGGCAGGAAGGAGAAAAGGCACAAACCAAAGCCCUGAGGAGGAAGAAGAAAAUGGAUUUGAGCCUCUUCAGCCCCAGCCAAAAGAUUCAUCCCCGUUACGCCCACCCAGGCCCCGAACUCUUACAGAGAUUGCUCUGCACAGCAUGUUAUCCCGAGUAGUAGAUUUAACAUCCCAGCUUGUAAAUGUGGAACAGACUCUCCUGUUCCCUCUGUUACAGGAGCAUCAUUCUUCUGACCAUUUAAAAGAUAGCAUCGAGUUUCGAAACAUCUGCAGUCACAUGGCCUCACAAGGGCAGGGAUGGCAAUUUGACAGAGACUUGUAUGCAGCAUACGAAUGUUUGAAGACAAUUGUUAAGAAACUGAUUUGUUCACUUGCAGUUUUCCCCUCGGAGUCUUAUGCCAUCGCUCGAUCUUCUUUGAGGCAAGUCUUACAAAACCUCCCUGAGAUGAGAGAGACAAGAUCAUACAGAUGAGCACCACUAAUACCCAUAAGAAGUGAAAGCCUUAUAGAACCUUCUAACUGCCUCCAAAAUCAUGAAUAAUUUGAAAGGCUGAUACUACAGUCUUUACCUAAAAGAGUGGUCCUGUUCAUUUCACGCAAAUAAGAGCUUCAUAAUCAAGGUCCAAAUCCUGCUUUCAUGAUGAGCAUCUUUGUCUCUCUCUGGAAUUUUAGUCAAAGUGAUAUCAGUGGGAGUUAACGGCUAAUUUAAGGAGGAGCUCUGCAUUGUGUAUGACUGUACUCCAAAUGAAGAGCACUGCAGAACUGGACACAAAUAUUGAGAUAGCAUGACAAAAAAUGCUGGUUGAGAAGAGGACUUACCAAAAUCUGUGACUGUCCAUCCCUCUUAGUGAUAAAAUUGUUUCCAAAAAAAUUUUUUAGCUAGUUAAUACUUUACUAUGAAGAAAAAAUGGAACUGAAGGGUUAAGGUGUGGAGUUGCCAUUUCAGAAAAGGAAAAGGAAAAUGAGUAAAAUAUUAUAGACCCUGGGAAUCAAAAUUUAAAGUAAUACAAACUCUCAGUAGUUGAUCUCAUGAAUGUUAAGGGAAAUCAAACACAGAGGAGCCAUGAGUACGGCUGUACUUUAACAUAUUUAAAAAUCGGAGCAAAUAUUUGUGGAAGUCAUUUUGCAAAACUCUCCCAGCUCUGGUGGCUAUGCAGUGCACAGUAAAAAAAAAUUGGCUUUCCUAAUGCCAAACUGGGAGCAUUUGUAAAUUCCAACUUGCUUCUGUUGAACAUCUGCAGCUGCAAUGUUGAAAAGAGGCAUUUUUCCUAUUUGCAGUAAGAUUUAAUGUCUGUGUGAUUGCUAAGCAGCAAUGAGGCUUUGUAGAAUCUUUGUUUGCAAAGGCUAAAUUUAACCCAUAUUAGCUGUAACUCAUGCAGUAGAUGAAGAAAUUCUAUAGAGCACGAGAUAGAAAAUUUCCUCUGUUGGCUGUUGUAGUGGAUUUGGAGAGGUGAUUUUUUUCUUAUGUGUUUUCAUGAACAUAAUCAUAUGAAUACUUUUCAAGUAUGAUUCUGUAUAUUCUUUGAUUGGCCAUAUUUUAUGUCCACACUUUAUAUAUGACAGUGCUCAGUUUUAUAGGAUCUAUAUCAUGUAUUUGAAAAAAAUCUAUGAAAAGCAAUACCAAAAAUAAAUAUGUGAAAAAAGUGCAGGGGGGAGGGGGGCAGUGCCUUUUUUGUAUUUGGAUCUUUCCCUAAAGGAAAAUGGGGGAGGUGAGAUGUAUACAUUAUAACAGGGGUGGGCAAAAUCCAGCCCGUGAGCUAAAUCUGGCCUGCAAGGCCAUUCUAUCCAGCCCGUGGGGCCCCUAAAAAAUGUAGAAAAUUAAUAUUUCUCUGCCCUUGGUUCCUGUCAAAAAUGAUCCAGUAGGACCCAGGGGAAGCCCAGCGGGCUCGCACAACAGCAGGACCUGCCCAGCCUCACCCUGCAGCCAGAAGCUCCAGCUGCAGUUUCUGGGCUGGAAGCA